AAGUAUUAGGUGUAAAGUAAAGUUUCAAAAUACCUGGUACUGGUACUAGCUUCUCACUUUUCUUGCUUUGCAGCUUUAUGUUUUAGCUAUGGAUCCCAAAUUCUAGGGUUAUUGUGAUUGAAGAAUAUUUUGGUUGAUCAAAUUUCAAAUUCUCGAGCUGUAUAAUUUAGUAGUCAAACUGCAACAUGGAGAAUAUGCACAGCUAUUGGCAAUUUGGGGAUGAGCUUCGAGGCCAAUCAAAAGUGUCGGAAGAUCAUAAAUGGACAACGGCUGCUAUAAAAUUGGCGGAGCAGAUAAAGUCCAAGGGUGAGCGGAGGAAUAACCUUGACUUUUCGAAGGGAUCAGCGGAAAUUAGGCCCAGGGAUUAUCUUGGUUAUCAGGAGUAUAACAAGUGUGAAAGCCUUAACUUUAACAUGUUAAAUUUGGAUAGCAUGAUGACUGAAAAUAUGACUAAGAGUUCCGUUAGGAAUGGCGUUUGUAACAUUAAUUCAGUUUAUCCGAAACCCAAUGUCAACGGCUUGGGAAAUAUGUCUUUUAUCAAGUUCAACAGCAACCACAUGAAUGAACAAUGCAACAUCAACAAUAGUGAGAAUACGAAUGGGAAUAAUGCUGUUGAAAAAAGGUUUAAGACUUUGCCUGCUGCUGAGACACUGCCCAGGAAUGAAGUUCUUGGAGGGUAUAUAUUUGUCUGCAACAAUGACACGAUGCAGGAAGACUUGAAGCGCCAGCUGUUUGGUCUACCUCCAAGGUAUAGAGAUUCCGUGCGGGCAAUAACACCAGGGUUACCCUUGUUCCUCUACAAUUACACUACUCACCAGUUGUAUGGCACCUUUGAGGCAGCAAGUUUUGGAGGUUCCAACAUUGAUCCAACUGCUUGGGAAGACAAAAAGUGUAAAGGAGAGUCAAGAUUCCCUGCUCAGGUGAGGAUCCGUGUUAGGAAACUAGGUAAGCCUUUGGAGGAAGAUGCUUUUAGACCAGUUUUGCAUCAUUAUGAUGGACCCAAAUUCCGUCUUGAGCUCUCUGUGCCCGAGACUUUGGACUUGCUGGAUCUCUGUGAAAAAUCUGGUGUUUAAGCGGCAGCCUUUCAUGAACUACUUGGUAUAAAUAAACUCUAGCAGUCUAUGUGAAUGAUGUUGUUUUAUGGCGCUUUUCACUGUGUGGAAUGUGUUUUCCGCCGAUUUCCAAAGUGCAAGCUUUGGUACAAGUCUGGCUGAGAGAGGUUCUGAAUAGUAGGGUUGGCUAAUUUAGCCAAUUAAGUGUGUGAUUUUGUCUGGAGAUGCUUAAAUAGAAGCGUUCCAAAGUUAGUCUUGUAAUCUUACAAUGAACUUGAGAAGUAAUGAUGCCUAUGUAAUGGGUCAAGAUUGAAAUGUCAUUUCAUAUCUGCAUUUCGACUUUGUUUCA